AUGCCUCUCCUCGGUCGUGAUAAAGGUCGCCCCAGAUCGCGCAGGUCGGAUGAUGAGUUUGUCAUAUUCCUUCAAGGCAUUCCACCUCAUUGCCGCUGGCAGGAACUCAAGGAUCUCGUCCGCCAAACUGCACUUCAUAUUCGCCAGGCAGUAGUAUAUGAUGACAGCCAUGGAUUCCCCACCGGACUAGGCCAAAUCAUCGUCAAGAAUGAGGAUGAGGCCUGGCGAACGUACCACCGGCUGUCAACCAGCGGAUGGGACGGCCAGAGCCUGGUCGUCACACUAUCGCGGACCAGUACACCCACCAAGCCCAUUGCUGGGCCUACAAGAAGUCCAGCAAUGAUGUCCACAGGUUACAUCUCUGGCCACUCCACGCCUCCACUAGUACACGGAAACAUGGCCGUUCCCCCGUCACCCGUCUCGCCAGAAUCUUCCCACCCUGCCACUCCACCAUAUCCAUACCAAGAUUACGGCGUCAUGAUGGUACCGAUACCAAUGGCACCGCAAGCAUUCAUUCCCAUGAUGCCAGACCCUCACGCACCACCAAUGCAAUGUUUCCCCCCAUCCCCAGUAAUAAACGGCACAAUGUACGAGCCGCAUUGGAACAUGGCACCAGGAUAUCAGAUGUCACCUCCACAACACAUGCACCACGCAGGCGAUAAACAACCACAGAACUACCAGCACUACCACCAUGAACCUCGCAAAGGCACAAACCCCAAUUCCCCCUCCUUCUACCCAGACCGCCGAGCCAUCACCAUCGAGAACUUGAAUGCAGUUACUACAUGCGCCGAUCUAAAAACCCUUCUGCAGACAGCCGGCACUGUCCAGAAAUGCAACAUAGCCACCAUGGACUCGGCCGAUAGAGACAGCCAGCUCCGCGGCUUGAUCACCAUGCAAACAGCAGACGAGGCACAGUGCGCUGUGACCAUGUUCAAUAAUCUGAGUUUCAUGGGGUCGCGAAUUAGGGUGAAGGUUGAUCGGGACUCGCAUCUCACGCGGGCUGUAAGCUUUGAUGGUGUAGGUGCUGGUGCUUGUUCUGGAUCAGAUACAGCGGGCUCGGUGCCAGGAACUGGGGAUACGUAUCAGUCAUGGGCUGAAGAGAUGGCCUCAGAAGUCAAUGUUGUUGAUACUUGCAAGCCGCUGGUGAUAGAUGGGUCUGGGUUGAAUAGGUCGGUUGAGAUUUUGUCGACGUCUGCGCCUACCUGA